UUUUUAAUAGGUUGAUUAGGUUGCUACAUUGUAUGUACGUGUAGAUGCAGUAUACUGGAUGUGCAAUGUCUGAGUGUCCUUUAAGAUUUAGUAUUGUUGCGAACUGUUCUGUUUCAAAAGCUAGAGCUGCUACAAUGUCGCUCCCCCAUGCUGUCGUUGAUACGCCUGUAUUCAUGCCUGUUGGUACUCAAGGAACGAUGAAAGGUGUUACACCUGAACAAUUGAAGGAUCCCCUGCUAGAUUGUCGAUUGAUUCUUGGAAAUACUUAUCACCUUGCUAACAAACCAAUGGUACUAUGCUCGUUCUUGACUGCUGCUCUGGAGAUACUACUGUCAUAUUAGUUCAGUGUGGACCUCAACUCAAGGAGACGCUGUGUGAAGUCGAGGUGUGAAGUACUCAUGUCGUUGGAGGACGGGCUACCACGCUCAGUAUAGUCCAAUUUACUUCAAUUUAUUGUGUGAUAACAUUAGUUAUCAGUAUCAUUAUUAUAUUUCUAUCAUUAUUGUACUCUUACGUUCUAAAACUUGUGUUAUAUACAUGUAUAUUAUAAUUUUUUUAUUUAUGAAAGAUGCAAGUGUCAUGCAUUUUGAUCUUGGUACUAGCAGGUCUAUAAUUA